AAUCGCCGCCAUGUCCGCGGUGGCGGAGUACGACUGGAAUGCCGAAUUCAACAAGGACAAGCGGCUCAAGGAGAUGAAAGGUGCUUGCUACCAGAUCCUUUCGCGGCUCAAACUCGCCGAGGAAGCUGCGAAGGAAGUCACGCGCCCCAAGAAGACCGUGCCGUUGAAUCUGGAAUCGUCGUCGUCAAGCACAGACUCGGAUGUACUCCACAAAACAUAUUGGAACCCGAUGGACGAGAUGAGCGAAUACGAAAACGACGGCAGCGAUCGCCCGCGAACACCCGCGGUUGCGAUAAAGGUAUCCGACCCGGACGAUGACAUCGAUGACGAAUCGGACAAACCUUGUGCCGUUUGCCACCGAAAUGACAACGCUGGCGAUAGCAUGUUUUGCGAUUCGUGUGACGAAGUUUACCACACGUACUGCGUUGGUCUCCACGCAGUGCCGGAAGGGUCGUUUUUCUGUCCCCCUUGCGUCAAGAAGACCUCAGCCGUUCUGCUUGAGCGCUUCAUGGAUGCAACGGUGUCGGACCUGAACGACGUUCUCAUUCACGUCGCGACGUGUCCAUCGACAGACGAACCAUGCAACGAUUCCGCGCACAAGGGCCACUGCGAGUUCUACAAGAACUUCCUUCGGUGUAUGUCCAUGCUGAACCUGCAGAUUCAAGGGACCAAAAUCGCAGCGAAGCUUGCGUCGGCCCUUGGGUACCACGCCGCCCAUUGCCGCGAGUCGACUUUUUGCAAUGUUCCAACUUGCAACGGCGCGAACCGACGAAAAAACAUCCCACCGCGCGUGCAGCCGCUCCAACUGGAUGAUGCCGAGUAGCACACAGCUCGCGCCGUCCCACCGAUGCACCAAGUUUAAUGUACCAAGCGGA